UCUCCGUCUAAAAAACGGAGAAAGAUCAAACAACGGGAGUUUUCUCUCAAAUCUUGUUUAUUCAAAAAGUCUCUUAUUGACCACCACCUGCCCACCUCUUUCUUCCCGUCUUCCUCCUAUCUGCUCCUCCCCUUCCUCCCUUUCUUUCCCAGUCCCCACCGUUUCUUUAUUCACAUCUGCAACAUAUGUUUACAUGUAUGUAUUUGCAUAUAUAGCUGAAACUUUUUGAUCAAGAAGCCUUAAAUCUAUGUUUCUUGAUCUUUCAAAAGCUAGUUUGAUAUCAUGGGUCUCUGUUUCUCUGCCAGCAAGGUUAGUGGCUCCAAUAGCAACACCCACGCCGCGACCCAGCAUCAUAACCGCAAAGAAACCGUUCAAUCGACGGUGAUAACGACGGUAGAUGCUUCAAAUAAAACUCAAAAGCAGAGACAAAGACCACAACCGGCAUCACAACAUGGGAGGAACAAUAAUGAGGUCCAAAAACAGGCGACAAGGGCGAAAGACAAGGGUAAUUCGAGGAAACAGAGUGGGAUUCUUUCGUGCGGUAAGCGCACGGAUUUUGGGUACGCUAAGGAUUUCGAUAAGAGAUACACGAUCGGGAAGUUGUUGGGUCAUGGCCAAUUUGGGUAUACCUAUGUUGCCACUGAUAAGGCUAAUGGGGAUCGUGUAGCCGUGAAGAAGAUUGAGAAGAUGAAGAUGGUUCUUCCUAUUGCCGUUGAGGAUGCUAAGCGAGAGGUCAAGAUUUUGCAAGCUCUUACAGGCCAUGAGAAUGUGGUUCAGUUCCAUAAUGCAUUCGAGGAUGAAAAUUAUGUAUAUAUUGUUAUGGAGUUAUGUGAAGGUGGUGAAUUGCUUGAUCGAAUAUUGGCCAAGAAGGACAGUCGGUAUACUGAGAAAGAUGCAGCGGUAGUUGUACGGCAGAUGCUCAAAGUUGCAGCCCAGUGUCAUUUACAUGGUUUGGUUCACCGUGACAUGAAGCCAGAGAAUUUUCUUUUCAAGUCAGCGAAAGAGGAUUCGCCUCUGAAGGCCACAGAUUUCGGUUUAUCCGACUUCAUAAAACCAGGCAAGAAGUUUAAUGAUAUUGUUGGCAGUGCCUACUAUGUUGCUCCUGAAGUAUUGAAGCGUAGGUCUGGACCUGAAUCAGAUGUCUGGAGUAUUGGUGUUAUUACCUACAUUUUACUCUGUGGAAGACGCCCCUUUUGGGAUAAGACUGAGGAUGGUAUAUUCAAGGAGGUCUUGAGAAACAAGCCUGAUUUUCGCCGCAAACCAUGGCCAAGCAUUAGCAACAGUGCAAAAGAUUUUGUGAAGAAACUACUGGUGAAGGAUCCUCGAGCAAGACUCACUGCGGCUCAGGCUCUGUCACACCCGUGGGUUAGAGAAGGAGGAAAUGCAUCUGAGAUCCCUAUUGAUAUAUCCGUUCUCAAUAAUAUGCGACAAUUUGUAAAGUACAGUCGUUUGAAACAGUUUGCUCUAAGGGCAUUAGCUAGCACACUUGAUGAAGAGGAGUUGGCUGAUCUCAAGGAUCAAUUUGAUGCAAUGGAUGUAGAUAAAAAUGGUGCUAUUAGUCUUGAAGAGAUGAGACAGGCUCUUGCUAAAGAUCUUCCCUGGAGGUUGAAAGAAUCACGCGUUGCGGAGAUUCUUCAAGCGAUUGAUAGUAAUACAGAUGGGUUCGUAGAUUUCUCUGAGUUUGUUGCAGCCACUCUACAUGUGCAUCAGUUGGAGGAACAUAACUCUGAAAAGUGGCAGCAGCUGUCUCAGGCUGCCUUUGAGAAAUUUGACUUGGAUAAAGAUGGUUACAUAACUUCAGAGGAACUUAGAAUGCACACGGGGUUACGAGGCUCUAUCGAUCCACUACUUGAGGAGGCUGAUAUCGACAAAGAUGGAAAAAUAAGCCUUCCAGAGUUUCGCAGACUUCUAAGAACUGCAAGCCUUGGUUCAAGAAAUGUGCCUAGCCCAUCUAACCAUCGGAACCCUAGGAAGCUGUAAAUUAGAGCUGGAGCCUUUUGAAGAUUGAGAUGUCAGAAAAAAACAGAGGUUUGAGACCCUUCGUUCCCAGAUGUUAUUUAUCUCAAAGAUCGUACUCGACCCUAGCAGGCCUUUCCUCCCUCUCAUCAUCAAAUCCUGGUCGACAUCUUUCUGGAAUAAAGAAUAAUGUGAUCAUGGAUUUUCAUGUAGGACUACAAAUACUAAGAUGUCAGCUUCAGAAAUAGGAAUGUAGCAGCCUAAGGUGCGAUGGAUGGUCGUACUUAAGCGUACAUUCUUGAUGGAGUGUUGGGGACUUUGAUGGUUGUGCCCUGCAAAUUGUAUUCCUUGACCAUGAGUAAUAUUACUGCAAAGUGUUGUGUUUGUAUGGUUGGUUGGUGUAUCCUUGUAUAUCCUUUGGUAUGACAUUUUUAUUUUUUUCCUCGUGUCUUAUGGAGUCUAUGCAUUGAUGGAA